GAGGAGAAGGAGCGUAGCUGCAUGUUUGCUGAUGAGCUGGCCAAGAUGGAGGUGAAGCUGAAGGAGCAGCUGAAGACCAACGACAGCCUGAAGCUGCAGCUGGCAGCCGAGGAGGACCGCUAUAAGAGUCAGGUGGCUGAGAAGGGGCGUGCGCUGAAUGAACUGAAGGACACCCUGGCCGCUCUGAUGAAGGACAAGGAGAGACUUGAGGAGGAUCUCCAGAAGAGCGGUGGUGGUGGUGGUGGUGGUAGGAAGACGGAGGCUGUAGUGUCAGAGGAGAUGAGCAUUCAGUCUGUGUUCCUGCAGUAUCCCCUGCCCUACCCCCAGGACGCCCCCACUCCACUGCUGGUCCCCCAGACCCCUACACAGCUGCACUUUGGGAACCCCUACUCCACCUCAGAUGCAAGAGAUGGAGCGGACGGAGAGUUCUCUGAUGACCUGCUACCCCGCUUGCCCCCUGUGGGCCCCCCCUCCUGGGAUAGUAACGUGGUCUGCAUCCAGCCUGCACGCAACCUCAGCCGGCCCGACGGCCUGGAGGACCCAGAGGAGCAGCAGAACAACAACAACAAUGGCAAUGCCAAUGAACAGCCUGCAGCAACUACUGAACCCCACAGCCCAUUCUUAAAUGAUGGUCAGACUCCCUUUUGCUUUGAGGCCAGUGUGAACGUCCAAAAGCGCUGUCCGCUGUGUGAGUUGAUCUUCCCGCCCAACUACGACCAGAGUAAGUUUGAGGAGCAUGUAGAGAGCCACUGGAAGGUGUGCCCCAUGUGCAGCGAGCAGUUCCCCCUCGACUGCGACCAGAAGAUCUUUGAGAACCACGUGCUCACCCACUUUGACGCCAACGUGCUCAACUUCGACUAAAAACCAUAUCCACUACACCCUUCAGUUUCUGUCAGUCGCCACUGAAAUUAAACUGCCUUGCACUCUUUCCCCUGCCACCUGUAACAGGUGUGACGAUCUCAUUCCGAUUCACUUUUAGGACGUUGACGUUUUGAUUAGCGUAUUUUAUUAACUAAGGAAAAGGUCUAUAUAUUGGGUGGUGUGAUUGGUUCUCCAUUAAAACCAUGUGCUCUGAUUUCAUGUAUAUUUCAGACCAGGGCUAUCAAUCUGUGUGAAUCAGAACGUCUUUAAUAAUAGGUUCUUUAACAUGAAGUGGCUGAUCAAGAUUCUGUUAGUGGGAUGUGACCGAUGAUGAUGUGAAGUACUAUGUCAUCGCUGUGCUCGUCUCUCGCCACUUCACCAGUCUCAGACACUACUAGACUAUGUAAAGUCAGGGAAAGUAGGCUACAUCAGGCGUUUACCAAAACAUACAUUUGAACUGUUCCAACCAAAAUGCUUUCCCCUGAGCUUCAUAGUAAAAUUCAGGUAAUCAUUCUUUUUUAGAAAGCAGCCGCCUCGGUGCACUAUAUGCAGACAGACGAGACAAAUCAUUGCUUCUAAACCUGAUUAUUAUAUUAUCUUUAAAUAAUCUAUUUUAGAAUCAUCUUUUAAAAGCCAACAGUGUUGUAUAAGCUUUUGCAAUAUGUGUAUGUAUGGUUAGAAAGAGCUGUCAUAUUUUAGUGUUAGUUGAAUUUCAGUUUCUUUUGAUUGUCAUUAUUUAAUUCUCCACCGGUUUGGUUGUGUCUGGCUAAAGAAGUCAUGCUUCACCUAUCGCUACUGAUUAAAAUGCAUGCCAGGAUUCUGUUAGAUGAGAAACUAUUAUUUUGUUAUUUACGUUAUUUGCUGCAAGUUAUUUCACGAUCAUAGAAAACCUUAGAUUUCUUUGUGUGAAUCCCAUGUAAUGAAAUCUGAACUAAUAAAGUAUGUUUGGAACAA